AUGACAUCCACACCAGAAGAAAGCGACGGUCACAAGGCCGAGCCUGCAGACGACAAAACCAAAUCCACUCGCAGCAAACGCUUCCGCUUCAAAGACUCCGACUCAAAACACUCCUCUUCCUCACACCGAAGAAGACACCAUAGCAGAGACCGACAUGGCGACCGAGGACACAGACACCGUUCCUCCCACCACAGCCAUAGAAGCAAACGUCGAUCACGCUCCCGAUCCCCAAACUCUCACGAUCCGCGCAACUCCUCCCUUGACGCCGAGGCAGCCUUCCGUGAAUCCCUCUUCGAUGCGCUAGGCGAUGACGAAGGCGCCGCCUACUGGGAAUCCGUUUACGGCCAACCAAUCCAUCACUACGCUGUCCCGGAAGUCCCCAAAGGGCCUGAUGGCGAGCUGGAGCGCAUGGACGAGGAGGAGUAUGCGGCCUAUGUGCGGGCGCGGAUGUGGGAGCGCACGCGGGAGGGCAUGUUGGAGGCACAGGAAAAACUACGUGAAGAGCGGAGGCAGGCGAAGAUGCGGGAGAAUGCGGCGCGAGGUCGGGAGAGGGAGAGGGGUGCAUUUGAGAGGGCGAUGGAGGAGAGCUUGAGGCGUGGUGCGGAGAGGAAGAAGAAGAAGGCGUGGGUUGGGGUUUGGGAGGAGUAUCUGAAAUGCUGGGAGGAGAUUGCGAAGAUUGUUCAGAAGAAUCAGGGCCCGACUUCUACAGGUUCUUCUGAAUCGCGCGCGGAUGAGAGUACCAGUGGUGGCACGGGUCCGACUUCGAAGCCGCUGCGAGACUUGCUCUUUUGGCCUGUUGAGUCGGGCAAGCGUCGUGAUGUAUCUCCAGAAUCUGUGGAAGCUUUUAUGAAACAUGCCCCACCGUCUGGAGAUCUUCUGUCUACGCUCAAGGUGGAACGUGUGCGCUGGCACCCGGAUAAGAUACAGCAUCGGUAUGGUGCCCUGGGUAUUGAUGAGAAGGUCAUUCGCAGUGUGACCGAGGUAUUCCAGAUUGUGGAUAGGAUGUGGAGUGAGGAACGAGAGCGGGCAGGAAAGUCCUGA